GCAGCCGCCCCCGCGCCCGUUGCGGGCCGGUAGCGCGCGGCUCCGCAGAGGGCCCGGGCGCCAGUCCCGCUGUCCGGGGUGCUGCGGGGCCCGGGCGGGGGGUCGGUCACCUCUGGGCCUUACGUGGUGUCAGGCUAACUAGGCCGUCAGCGGGGUCCCGCCCGGACCCUCAUGCUCACCCUUGCUGGUCUUUGUCACACUCACUGUGGUCGAUUUGGAGUUGUGAGCGUCGUUUCCUCGGAUGACCUCUGUCAGCUCGCUGGGUAUAACUUCAUCAACAUGCUGCAAUCAAACAUCUCAACACAGCUGAAGGAAGGAAAUGUGGAUGACUUUGAUGACCUUGUGGUGAAUAACAAUGAUGUCGUGCUCAAAAAUAUCGCUGAAGAUUUGCGGAAUCGCUUACCCAUUGAGGCAAUGUUUAAUUCGGAACAUCUAGCUAUUCAGAAAAUACACCAGCAUCCACUACCCAUGAUUCAUGUUGAUGCAUUCCUUUAUGAUGAUGAUUUUGUUGAUUCAUUGUGUGAGGAAGGGAAAAUGAGUAGGAACUACUGCACAGAGUGUGGCUCAUACAAGACUUCAUCUUUAGAGUUUAUUUCGCAUUCCUUUUCCCUCAUGGAACUGAAGUUUCUUUAUCAACAUGUACUGCCUGACCUGACAGGAAAGGUAGUGGUUGACGUUGGCUCCAGGCUUGGUGCAGUGCUAUUUGCGGGUUAUCUUUAUAGUUCAGCAUCCCAACUGUAUGGAGUAGAAAUGAAUGCAGACUUUUGCCAGUUGCAAGAAAUGACAAUUACAAAAUACCAGUUCAUUGACAGAAUAAAGGUGGUUCAUGCAGACAUCUGUACUCAGGCCUCACUUCUUCAGAAGGCUGAUGUUGUUGUAAUGAAUAAUGUCUUUGAAUAUUUUCUUGACAGAUUGGAACAGGCCAGAGCUUGGGAAUUUAUUGCUUGUAAUGUGAGGAAAAGAGGGUCAUUAUUAGUAACAGUUCCAAGCCUUAAAGAAUCUCUCUCAAAGCUCCAGACAGAUAUACAGCUCAACCAAUGGGUAGAAGAGAUACAGCUAAACUAUGAUGUGUACGUGGAAAAGGAGGUUGACAGAGAAGCACUCGAACAAAUACAUUUAUACAAGAUUCUCUAGUACCUGCUCAGAUUUACUAAUAUCCUUGUAAAAUCAUAUAUAUAUUGAGUCUAAAAAUAACUCCAAUUUAUUUGUCUGAAUAAAUUAGGUGAAAAAUCUUACUGUGAUUAAUCUCAGUAGUCAUAGCUGUGGUUUGUAAUGAAAAGAGGUCUUUGGAAACAGGAUUUCUUGUGGAGACAUUCUAUCUCAGAGAUCCCUAUGGUUUCAUUUUGUGCAAAAAUAUUUGAAAGAGUGUCUACUUACUGAUGCUAAAAGAAUGUUUUUGUGCACUAGCAUUGCUCACUGCUACUCUUUGUUAAAUAUAUCAAAUCUAAGAAUAGUGAAUCACUAAUAAGGUGAAUGAUAGCAAUACAUUAAACAUAAUUUUACUUAAAAGCUGUAGUAUAUUAAAGUUUGCUGUUUUGUUUUGAUAUAGAA